CGCUACUGCAAAUCGCUGGUCGGUCUGUUGAUGUUGAGGCGAAUCUACGCGAAAUGCGUGUGUUUACCGUUAGGAAAGGAAGGAUUCCGCGCGACGGUGAGCUCCCACGGCACGCGAUACAUAACCUGCAAGUAUGAGCCUUGUUUACGAUGCUCGUCGACGGACGCUCGUCGCGAGUUGUCACGCGACGAGAGGAAUUUUUCCUCGAGGAAGCAACCGGAUCUGCCGUCCCAGUCGCAGAUCGUUAUCGCCGGUGCCGGGACGGUCGCCAACUCGGUCGCGUAUCACCUGGUCCUGAACGGGUGGAACGAUGUCCUGGUCUUGGAACAGGACACAAUCGGCAGUGGAUCCUCGCAUUUUGGUUCUGGCACACUCGGCCUCUUCAAGCCGAUCUCUCGGAGAAACCUGAUCACCUACAGCAUCAAGCUGUACCAACAGCUGCAUGAAAUGGGCCAUGAUAUAGGACUGAGACAAUGCGGGAGCGUAAAUCUGGCGCAAUCCAAGGAUAGGAUGGUAGCUCUCAAGAGAAGAAUGGCGUACAAUGUGCCGACUGGAUUGCACUGCGAGGUUCUGGGCAAAGAAGAAUUGAAGAGGUUGCAUCCUUAUUUAUGCGUGGAUGAUCUGGAAGGAGCAAUUUGGGUACCAGAAGAUGCUGUCGCUAAUUUAAAUGCAAUUUGCAAGGUGCUGGCAAAAUUGGCAGAGCAGGGAGGAGCGCGAUACGUCGAACACUGUCGUGUGGAGGAAGUACAAACCGAAAAGGGUGCUGUUAAGUACGUGAAGACUGAACACGGUAUUGUUACCUGCGAAUAUUUCAUUAAUUGUGCCGGAAUGUGGGCUCGCGAGCUAGGAUUAAGAUGUACACCGCCAGUCAGAAUUCCCGCGUAUCCUACGGAACAUUUGUACGCGAUUGUGCCACCUUUGUCAUCGGAAAUCAGUACGUCCCUACCAUACGUACGAGAUUUUGACUCGUACUCAUAUAUGAGAGAAUGGGAAGGUGGACUUUUACUUGGCUGGUUCGAGCCCGAAGCAAAACCUGCAUUCGAAAGCGGUCCCGUUCCUAAGGACGAUUGGACGAAGCACGUGAAGAGUAAUCCAGCCCAUUGGCAGCCGUUGUGGGACAAAGUCCUGCAUAGACUGCCGAUCUUGAAGGCAGUAAAGCAUCCGAAUAUCUACAAUUGUCCCGACAAUUUCACUCCGGAUGGCAGAUGGAUAUUAGGAGAAAGCCCGGAAGUAAAAAAUUACUUUGUUGCCGUUGGAAUGAACGGCAAUUCGUUACAAGGUGCUGGUGGAAUCGGUAAAGAGAUCGCCGAAUCUUUAAUAAAUGGCGAAUCCACGCAAGAAGUGCUUCCGUUCAAUGUGCAGAGGUUCUUGGAUUUGCAUAACAAUAAGCAGUAUCUGCAGCAGAGGAUGAAGGAAGUGGUCGGUCGAAAUUAUGCUAUAUUGUAUCCUCAUCAAUCCGAGUAUAAGUAUGCUCGUAAAUUACGUUGUUCACCGUUGUACUCCGUUCUGGAGGAACGUGGCGCAAUUUUUGGUAUAAAAAUGGCCUAUGAACGUCCGCUUUACUUCAAUUCUACUUAUAGACGAGGACAAAAAAAGCCGAUUAUGCCAAAGGGUAGUUUUUAUAAACCAAAAUUCUUUGACUUUAUGAAGGAAGAGUUUCAAGCGUGCAGAGAAGGAGUCGGGAUAAUAGAUAUGAGCUCGUUUUCGAAGAUCGAGAUUAAAUCUAGUCGUGGAGAAGUAGUGGAAUAUCUGCAACGAUUGUGUUCCAACGACGCUAACGUACCAGUCGGCGGAAUAGUUCACACAGGAAUGCAAAACGAGAAAGGCGGUUACGAGAAUGAUUGCAUGCUGGUGCGACAAGGCAAAAACAGUUAUUUUAUGGUCUCGCCCACAUUGCAGCAGACGCGAAUCUACCAGUGGAUGUCUAAACAUUUGCCGGCAGAUCACUCGGUGGGUCUCAACGACGUGACGUCAAAGUACACAGUAAUCAAUGUAGUGGGCCCGAAAGCUACCGAACUGCUUUCCGAGUUGUCCAACUCUGACAUGAACCUUGCACCGUUCACUUACAAGACUGUGAACGUUGCGUACGCUUCCGACGUUAUGGUAAUGGCAUUUACGCACACGGGUGAACCUGGUUAUUGCCUCUACAUACCCUCGGAGUACGCGCUGCACAUUUACUCAACGUUAAUGGCAGUUGGAAAGGACUACGGUGCAAGAGACGUCGGAGUGCUCACGCAACGUUUUAUGAGAAUUGAGAGAUUUAUUCCAUUCUGGGCUGAAGAAUUGACACCGUACGUCACGCCAUACGAAGCCGGUAGUAGCUACAGCGUAAAACUGGAUAAGGAUUACUUUAUUGGCAAAGCCGCUUUACAACGCCAGAAAAUGCAAGGAGUGACGAAACGACUAGUUUUAUUCGUUCUUGAUGGUAUGGACUUGAACAAAAAUGUAUGGGCAUGGGGUGGUGAACCGUUAUAUCGAAACGGUGAAUUUGUUGGCACUGUUACGUCAGCCGGCUAUGGUUUCGUAACAGAGAAACUUAUUUGCCUCGGGUUUAUUAGUCUACCCGGAGCAAGAUACGAGCAAGAAGCAAAGCCCGUCACCACGGACUUUAUAACGGAUCCAACGGCAUAUUACGAGAUUGAUAUUGCUGGUACGAGAUUCCCCGCCAAACCGCACAUCCACCCUUUGCCCAUACCAGUUUUAAGCAGUAAAUUAAGCAAAAAGUAUAUUCCCACCCCAGUUGUGGCAUAUCAGAGCGACGUCUCACGUUAGAAGUAAUAUUCUAGUCAUUGCCUAGUCUGCUUGAGAGUUAAACGUUAUUUAUAGUUCUAUGCACCUGUAGUUCUUACAUAAUGUAAAACAAGUUAUUGAAGUAUUUAGAAUUUUUAUUAAAAUUAUAUAAUUUAUACUAAUUUGUUUUACAAUAUUUGAGUAGUGUAAAUCUAGUCACAUUGUUGAAUCAGUGAUAUUUUUACAAAAUCAGUAUUUUCAUGGACUUGAGAGAUUUAUUUAUAAUAAAUAUAUUUAUACAAAGUUAUAGAAGGCUAUUUAACAAUUUGAGUCAAUCUGAAGAAGAUUGCCCCUCAAAUUAUAACGCGUGUGUAUAAUAAAAAUAGAAAAAUAAAAGUUUUUUGAAGAAAU